AUGAUGAACUACGUCAUCUUCGGCGUCCUGCUCUUCGUCCUUGGCGGCCUCGGGCCAUCUCCGGCAGCCGCCGACGUAUUCUGCGACAACCUUAAACAGGUGGCCGCCACUCUCCCCCAAAACACCUCCUCCUCCCCUGUACAGUUCGCCACCUCCAUCGUCGGCCAAGCCCCCGACGUCGUGUACGCUCUCGCCUUCUGCCAAGGCGACUACAACGCCACCGCCUGCGCGUGCCCGGUCUUCUGGUCCGGCGACAACAUCGUCGACCCCUCCAACGCCACAGGCGACGUUCCUUUUGUGAGAUGGAACAUCAAGAACGUCACCGGAGACGCCGACGACGUCCGCCUCAUCACCGGCCUCAUCCACGAGCUGGUGGUGGAUACCGUGGAAAGGGCGGCCAGCACGGCGCCCAGGCGGUUCGCCACGGGCGUCAUGGACAGUGGCACGACCUUCCCGACCGUAUACUCCAUGGCGCAGUGCACGCCGGACCUGUCCGCUGGCGACUGCCUGGCGUGUCUCCGGCGUCUCGUCGACAUGGUCAACUCCACCAUGGCCCUGCGGAUGGGAGCGCAGAUCCACGUGAUACGGUGUUAUUUCAGGUACGAGGCCUAUCAGUUCUACGACAGUCAACCCAUGCUUCGUCUCGGACCGGUGCCGGCGCCAGCUCCAGCUCCAACUAUACUGGCGAAACACAACAGGCGCAAGAGCAAACUCUGGGUGAUUCCAGUUGUUGUAGUUCCUCUAGCAGCAGCAGCACUUCUCUGCUUCGUUUUCUACUCCCCUUGGUUCAGAAGGUACAGGAAAGGUAAAACGAUGAGGCCAAAAGCAGGAUCUCAAGAAUUGCAGGGAGAAGAACUAGUUUUGGACAGGAAGAAUUCAGAGUUCUCGGUGUUUGAUUUUGAACAGAUACUGGAGGCCACAGAUAAUUUCUCAGAUGAAAACAAGCUUGGAGAAGGAGGCUUGGCGCUGUCUACAAGAGUCACUAUCCUGCUGGGCCAAUUUGCUGAGGGAUUGGAGAUAGCAGUCAAGAGACUUGCUUCACAUUCAGGGCAAGGUUUCACAGAGUUCAAAAAUGAAGUCCAGCUCAUAGCCAAACUCCAACACAGUAAUUUGGCAUGGCAAUUAUGGGACGAUGGAAGGUGGAUUGAUCUAGUUGAUGCAUCUUUGGUUCCCAAGAGCCACUCAGCAGAAAUGACUAAGUGCAUCAAGAUUGCAUUGCUAUGUGUACAAGAAAAUGCGACUGAUCGGCCGACCAUGGCAGAGGUUGUUGCAAUGCUAAGCCUAAGCAGUGAGACGGCUAUGAUCGUCGCUGAGCCUAAGCAGCCAGCAUAUUUCAAUGUGAGGGUCGGAAAUGAAGAGACAUCCACAGCUCCUGAGUCAUGCAGUAUCAAUGAUGUGACCAUAUCGGUCACAACUCCAAGAUAG